AUCUAUUUAACAAGGAUAUUAAUGUAUUACGAUAUGUGUUUGUAAAAAACAACUGAUUAAAUAAUGAGUAUCAUUUUAGAUGUCACGAGUUCAACUAAAGAAAACGUUUACUAUAAUGAAGAACCAGUGUAUGCCGAAACAUGGUGUUAAUAAUGAUAAAGUAGGUCAAAUUGAGCAAGGUGUAUUCAUCGAAGACCACAACGUCAUGUGCUAUAUUGCUUGUGUCUACAAAGCUGCACUAGUGGUGAAAAACAAUAGGCUUGAUAGGGAUCUAGUGGUCAAACAAAUAGAUGCCUUGUAUCCACAAGACCUACGUGGAGCCGCUAAGAAAGGAGUCGACAAGUGUUUUGAUAUACAGUACAAAUACGACGAUGUGUGCGAAGGGAUUUUCUACUCAACAAAAUGCUUAUAUCAAAGUGAUCCGGCCAGUUUUCUCUUGGAACAAGAAAUCGACAUUCAUUUGUUUGUUUUCGCUGUAAUGGAAGGAAAAGAAUUUUGUUCAAUUAUAAUGAUUGCUCUGUUGAUAGGUGAAAUUGAUUCCAUGACAAGGCAGCAAAUCAAAAAUGCUGCUAAAAUCGUGAAAAGGAACUGUAUGAACAAGAAUAAUGUUACGGAAGAUUUGAUUGGUGAUAUAGAAAAAGGCAAGUUUAUUGAAGAGAGACCUGUCAUGUGCUACAUCGCCUGCGUUUAUAAGACAACACAAAUCGUCAAAAACAAUAAAAUAAAUUACGAGGCAUCCUUGAAACAAGUACAAAUUAAUUAUCCUGAUGAUAUGAAGCAAGGUAUGCUGAUUUCCAUAGAGAAUUGUAAAGGACUGCUUCAAAAAUACAAGGACCUGUGCGAGUCAGCUUAUUGGACAGCGAAAUGUAUUUAUGAAGAUAAUCCCAAGAAUUUUUUGUUUCCAUAAUAAAUUGAUAAACAAUUAUGAAAAACCACUGUUAAAUUGUGUGAAUUAUUCAGUUUAUUACAAAAAUACAACUUAAUUCUGGCUGAAAAUUCUUUACAGAAAAAAAUACACUUCCUACAUUCCCCUCUGUAAGUUUAUGGCCAGUCUAUGAAAAUAUAAAAAAAGACCAUUGCAUCGAUUGUACUAUUAAAAAAAGAGUUAGCCUAUCGGAUACCUAAUCCGCAUUGUUAAGCCUAUAAGUAUUUUAAAAUAGGUAAAGAAAUGUGUAGUCGAACGUAUUAUUUUUAUAAUUUUUUUUUUAAAUUAUGUUCACCGUAAUUGUCAGGUAUUUUAGAAUAUAUAGAUUGUAACUUAUACUGUAGAAAGUGUUAUGUAUAUGAUGGGAUGCACUUUAAUAAAUAUAAAAAAAACGCGUAUAGCUUAAGCUAAUCUACGAUAUUUAUUUCCCAUGCUUUAUAAAGCGUUGCUAUAGGAAAUAAUAUGAUGUUUAUAGUCUAUAUUUAUAAUAGGAAAUCAUUUCAUCUGUUGGUCCUAAUUGUGUCUGCAUAAAUCUGGUUACAUAAUUAAACCAUACGUAAAAAUGAUAUUCAGUCUGAUAAUAUGCAUCGUGUUUUUGCGCUAAUAACACACUGGAUAAUUACACCGACUUUGAUGGCCAGUUGUUAUGUAUCAAGGUCCGAGAUUUAAUGUUAGAUAGACGCAAUUUAACAAUUAGAUCAUAAUAGAGGUUUUCUCAGAAUCCUUUCAGUGUGAAAAUGCUUUUGCUAUAUGUAUGAAUAAAAUAUUUGAUGUUUUUCUAUCCUAUUUGUAAAAUAUAAUUAUGGAAAUAGCGAACGCGCUGUUAUAACUCAUUAUCGAUCGAUUAAUGUAUAUUAA